UAUUUGCCGCGUUUCAGAUAUUGGCUUAAUCAUUCGAGUAAAGCGGUGGUGUGUGUGAGUGUUUCGAGUUGUUUUGAUAAAGUUACUGUGGAUAUAACCGCUGACCACCUUUUCAAUUUCACAUUAUACGACAAUAAUACUCUUUAAAUUACACACUUUGAAGAACCAACCAGGCUAGCAAGAUGCCAAAAGCAGUAAAUGUUCGAGUUACUACUAUGGAUGCAGAGUUAGAGUUUGCCAUUCAACCCAACACAACAGGGAAACAACUUUUUGAUCAGGUGGUUAAAACAAUUGGGUUGCGAGAAAUUUGGUUUUUUGGUCUUCAGUAUACAGAUAACAAGGAAUUUCAGACAUGGUUGAAACUGAACAAAAAGGUAAUUUUUGGUAAUAACUGUGAAAAAAUUGUGAAAAGAUGUUUUCUCAGGAAAAGAGAUGAGUCAGAAUCGGUUUUGAACCAGGAUGUGAAAAAGGAAAAUCCUCUUCAGUUUAAGUUCCGGGCAAAAUUCUUCCCAGAAGAUGUGGCAGAGGAAAUUAUCCAGGAUAUUACAUUGAGACUGUUUUAUCUUCAAGUGAAAAAUGGAAUCUUAAAUGAUGAAAUUUACUGUCCACCGGAAACUUCAGUUUUAUUAGCAUCUUAUGCUGUACAGGCUAAGUAUGGUGACUACAGCUCAAAUAACUAUUCACCAGGAAUGUUUGCAAAUGACCGACUUCUUCCUCAGAGAGUUAUUGACCAACAUAAGUUGAGCAAAGAGAUGUGGGAAGAGCGGAUAGCAAAUUGGUGGAUGGAACACAAGGCAAUGCCUAAGGAAGAUGCUAUGAUGGAGUACUUGAAGAUAGCUCAGGAUCUGGAAAUGUAUGGGGUCAAUUAUUUUGAGAUCAAGAACAAGAAAGGAACUGACCUAUGGUUGGGUGUGGAUGCCCUUGGUUUAAAUAUUUAUGAGAAGGAAGAUAAGCUAACUCCCAAAAUUGGAUUUCCAUGGAGUGAAAUACGAAAUAUUUCUUUCAAUGAUCGAAAAUUUGUCAUUAAACCUAUAGACAAGAAGGCUCCAGACUUUGUUUUCUUUGCUCCUCGGUUGAGAAUCAACAAAAGAAUCCUUGCUCUUUGUAUGGGAAAUCAUGAAUUGUACAUGCGUCGACGCAAGCCAGAUACGAUUGAGGUUCAACAAAUGAAGGCCCAGGCACGGGAAGAGAGGCUAUCUAAACAGCAAGAGAGAGAAAAGCUGCGAAAAGAGAUAGAAGCCAGAGAAAUGGCUGAAAAGAAACAGCAAGAGUAUGCAGAAAGACUGAAACAAAUGCAGGAAGAUAUGGAAAGGAGACAAAGAGAAUUGGCCGAAGCCCAAGAAACCAUCAGAAGACUAGAGGAGCAGUUACGUCAGCUUCAAGCAGCAAAAGAGGAACUAGAAAUGAAACAAAAUGAACUGGAAGAAAUGAUGCAUAAACUAGAGGAGGACAAAGCCAUGGAGGCAGAAGAGAAAGCAAAACUUGAAGAGGCAAUCCGAGCUAAGCAAGAAGAAGUACAGCUGAUUCAGGAAGAGGUUUCUCAGAAAGAUGAGGAGACCAGAAGACUGCAGGAGGAAGUAGAAGAAGCUCGAAAACGUCAGGAAGAAGCUGCUGCUGCCCUGACAGCUGCUACUACAACUCCUCAACAUCACCACCUUCAGGAAAAUGAACAUGAUGAGAAUGAUGAUCUGACCAAUGGAGAAAUCGGUGCUGAGUUCUCUAUGGAUGACAACAUUGUCUUAUCUCGUCCUGAAGAAGAUAGAAUAACACAGGUGUCCAAAGAAAAACACUUGCAGGACCAACUUAAGGAAUUAAACAGAGAAUUAGCUGAAUCCAAGGAUGAAACAAAACUGACCAGAAAUGAUCUGCUGCACCAAGAGAAUGUUCGACAGGGUAGGGAUAAGUACAAAACACUACGUGAAAUUCGCAAGGGGAACACCAAACGAAGAGUGGACCAAUUUGAGAAUUUGUGAAUCAUGCAGAACAGUUUCAAACUGGUCAUAACCUUUCUUCAGCAAAACUGGACUUAGUGCCUCAUUCUUUCCUCUUGUCCGUUAUCCAAAACUUCUUUUGUUGUUUAAUUCAAAGGGAGGCAUUCCUUAUAUAGAAUUGUUGCUAUGUAUCAAUACAGUCUAUUAAAUGAAGAAAUGUUUUUGUAACUUACUGUGUAUUGAAAACUGUAGUUACUCUUGAUCUUUGUAAUACCAGAAACUUAUUUUACUAAUUGGAUUUUCUAUAUAUAUGUGAUAAGCAUAACUUUAUUAAGCAUGCAUAAAUAUCAGACAGGAUACCACCAGAAUAUUUGUUAGAUCUGUUCUAAUUUAAGUAAAUUGAUACAAGCUAGAGUCUUAUCAUGUCUCUGAUGUGCAGUUUUCUUAUUUUCUUUUUCAGCUGUAAGUUGUUUAGUAGGCAGUUUUUUUGGAAAGAAACAAAAAAAAUCAAAACAACACAAAAGUUCUCUUGGUAUAAUGAACUAUGAAAUCUGUCUGUAUUUGUGUUGGCAUUGUAUUGUUGAAGAAUAAAAAAAAAAAGAUUA